AUGGCUACUGCGGCUCUGGCGUUCAAUCUGGACGAGGAAGUGCGCCUCGCGACCUCGAACGCUGACCGCGAACGCAUCGAGGAGCUCGCCAACCUGUACUCGCUGAUCGUGUCGCUGGAUGGGCUGGAACGGGCAUACGUAUGCGCCGGCAUGUACGAGGCUGCUUGCACAAUACAAGACGAUCAUGAAGCUUGUGGGAGACUCUGUGCCAAGCCUCGAGGCGUUCAUGCAAGAGUACCGGAUGGACUGCACUGCCGCGGCACAUCGAUUAAAGGUUGGUGUACCAGCGACCGUCGAGCACAGCGCGGGAGAAGGCGGGUCAGGCGGCGCAGAGAUGGCGAAAUGGGUCGCAGAGACGACACAGAACUUCAUCACCUUCAUGGACGCCCUCAAGCUCAAGCUUCGCGCGAAAGACCAACUCCACCCUCUCCUCACCGACCUCAUGUCCGGCUACACACGCUUCAAGAACAGCAACGAGUGGGAAGGCCGACCAAAGAUCUUGCAUUGGCUCAUCACGCUCAACCAGAUGCGGGCGAGCGAGGAGAUCACAGAGGACCAGUCGAGGCAGAUGCUCUUCGACGUCGAGAACGCCUACUCAGAGUGCGUUCCUACCCACACGCUGACAGCAGCUCAGAAUACUGA